CCGUAAACAUCAUGUAGCCUAUUCUAUUCUAGGGUUUCUUUCUUAUUCGCUUGUUGGUUUGCAGUGGCGGGCGGGGCAGGUCUUUUCUUUUGUUUCCCCUAUUUCCGACUGUCAUAACCUCUUUUCGAUCGAAGGUAGGUGCAAGGAAACGAGUCUGGUAAAUGGCGACGACAGUAGCCGCAGGAUCUGGUGGUCCGUCGGUAGUUCCAGCCAACAGAGGUCGAAGGGCAGCUAUGGUGGACGAUGAGAAACUGCUAUUUGAGACCUCCAAAGGAGUAGAGCCUGUCACGAGCUUCGAUGAGAUGGGAAUUAAAGACAACCUUCUUAGGGGAAUAUACAACUAUGGUUUCGAAAAGCCAUCAGCCAUCCAACAGAGGGCCGUCUUGCCGAUUAUCCAAGGACGCGAUGUCAUUGCCCAGGCCCAGUCGGGAACUGGAAAGACCUCCAUGAUCGCUCUCACUGUUUGUCAGGUCGUCGACACAUCCUCAACAGAGGUCCAAGCAUUGAUCCUCUCACCUACGAGGGAGCUGGCUGCACAAACAGAGAAAGUGAUUUUGGCAAUUGGUAACUUCAUUAGCAUACAAGCCCAUGCAUGCAUUGGAGGGAAAAGUGUGGGCGAGGAUAUUAGAAAACUAGAGCAUGGUGUACAAGUGGUGUCUGGAACUCCAGGCAGGGUUUGUGAUAUGAUAAAGCGAAGAACUUUGCGCACCAGAACCAUCAAGUUGUUAAUUUUGGAUGAGUCAGAUGAAAUGUUGAGUCGGGGGUUUAAGGACCAGAUUUAUGAUGUUUAUCGAUAUCUUCCACCUGAGCUUCAGGUUGUUUUGAUUUCUGCUACCCUUCCUAAUGAAAUACUGGAGGUAACAAGCAAAUUUAUGACAGAUCCUGUUAGGAUCCUUGUCAAGCGUGAUGAGUUAACUCUUGAAGGUAUCAAGCAGUUCUUUGUUGCUGUUGAAAGAGAGGAAUGGAAGUUUGAUACAUUGUGUGAUCUCUAUGACACACUUACAAUCACUCAGGCCGUUAUAUUUUGCAACACAAAACGGAAGGUUGAUUGGCUCACAGAGAAAAUGCGCAGCAAUAAUUUCACGGUCUCUUCCAUGCAUGGAGACAUGCCCCAAAAGGAGAGAGAUGCAAUUAUGUCAGAGUUUCGAGGUGGAGAAACCCGUGUACUGAUUACGACUGACGUUUGGGCUCGUGGCCUAGAUGUUCAACAGGUUUCUCUAGUGAUAAAUUAUGACUUGCCUAAUAAUCGAGAGCUUUACAUUCAUCGAAUAGGGCGAUCUGGUCGGUUUGGACGCAAGGGUGUUGCAAUAAAUUUUGUGAAGAGUGAUGAUAUAAAGAUUCUAAGGGACAUCGAGCAAUACUACAGCACCCAGAUUGAUGAAAUGCCAAUGAAUGUAGCUGAUUUGAUAUAAAGCAAACAGAUGAUGAUUGCUCAUUGUGUUUCUCUUAUUUUUUUGGCUCCUGAUUGAUUUGUCAAUACUUGUUCUUUAAUAUUGCUUUUAGUUUAUUAUUGUGAUGCAAAUCAUCAUUUAAUCUAUAACAAAAAAAAUACUAGUUUAGCAAAGUUCACUUGACUUGCAAUCACAAGUACUGUUGGCAUAUCUUUGAGAUUGAAAAGGUCGGUUUCUAUUUCUUCCAUUUUAUUCAAAUUUGAU